UACAAAUUCAUCUAUCGUCUCCUGUUACAUCCACCUUGGCUGUAUUUCACUUGAUGCUCGCUCCUGCGAGGAGCUGCAUAGGGAGAAUGUACUUGUCAAGCCAAUCAACACUCCCAUCACGGACACCCGGGGGUGUUGGUUGGCUUGACAAGCGGAGGCUGAGCUCGGCUGGAUUUUACUUGGAGAGAAUCUCCUUGAGCCGAGCUCAGCCUCCUUGAAUCACAGACAGCCGGGCUCGGCCUGGACGACAACCGCAACCCACGGGACCGCCUCAUGAUUACGCCGAGGAUGCAGCGGGUCGUCCGGGCUGAGCCUGGCUGG